AUGGGAACUAAUGGUGAUAUACCAACAUUAAUUGUACUUGUCUUGGGCGAUUCUAGUGUAGGCAAAACUUCAUUUGUUCAUACGGUCUGUCAUGAUCAGCCUUUAUCAUCGCCACCACCCGUAACUGUUGGUUGUCAUAUUGAGAUCAAGCUAUAUGAACGACGUGAUCGACAUCAAAAUCCGAAUCUUUUUUUUAUUGAAUUUCAUGAUGUUGGUGGAAGUAUACAGCAUAAAAAUAGUCGAUCAUCGAUGUUUUAUGAUGAAUUUCAUGGGAUUAUACUCGUAUCCGAUUUAACUAGUCGACAAUCGUAUGAUAAUCUCAAAGAAUGGCUUUAUGAAGUUAUUCGUUAUCGAUCACGACAAAAGCUUCCAACAGAAUUUACGCCCGAAGUAUUACAAAAUUUCGAUAUACCACUUCUAUUAGUUCAUACAAAAUUCAAUGAAUCUAAUGGAACAUCAUUAUUAAAUAAUAGUAAAUCAUCAAAUAUGACAAAUAAUCAUUCAUUUUCAUCAAGUAGUUUAUUACCAAAUUAUAAUCGAAAAACGACACUAGCCAAUUUUUUGAAUUGUGAUGAAAUAUUUAUCGAUUGUUAUUCCAAUAAACGAUUUUCAAUUGAUACACCUAAUGUUGCUAAAUUAAAUUCAUUUUUUGAAAAAAUGAUAAAAAAAGCGUCAGUAGAACCAGUAGAACAACUUCCACAGUUUGAUUGGUUCGCUUCAGAAAAUCAUUAUAUCCAUUAA